CGAGCGAGCGAGAGAGAAGAAACCAAGAGGUGGAAAUAUUCAAACGGCCGCGUGCGUUUCGGGCUCCCACCGGCGCCGGCGCUCCUCCUCGAGCCGCCCGCCCGCCUGCUUCCGCGGCCCCAUUUCGGACUCCCCAAAGCUUCUGAGGAGGGGAGAGAGAGAUGGCGGUUUCCGGGGCCGGCGGCGGAGGCUUCGUCCUGCUGCCGCUGCUGGUGGUGGCUGUGGUGGUCUUGGAGAGGAGCGCCACGGUUCUGCUCGCGGACGCGGCGCGGGUGCCGCUUACCGACGUGUCAUCGCCGCCCGCGCCGUCGCCGGCGGCCGACGCGCCCUCUCUUCCCGACGUGGUGGCGGUAUCUCCUUCUGCAGCAGCGAGGAUCCAAAAUGAAGGAGAUAAGCGUUACCAAAAGCAGGUCCUGAUUGCAGUCAUCUUGGCACUUGUUGGAGUCAUUGUGAUGGCGGUAUCAGCAACUUAUGCACGGACUUUCUGGAGAAAAGCUCGUCAGGCUCUAGACUCCAACGACAUUAAACUUCAAAAUCGUGGUAAUGGGCAAAUGCUGUUGCCCGUCCUGGGGAAACUUAAUUCUAAUAAAAUGUCCAAUAAAGAAGUAAUUGCAAUGAUGGACUUCUCGGUCUUGGAGACUGCUACUGGCAAGUUCAACGAGAAGCACAUCUUGGGAAAAGGAGGUUUUGGUUGUGUAUAUAGAGCUUCUCUUGAUGGAGGUGUUGUUGCAGCUGUGAAGAAACUGAAUUGUUGUAGGCAGGAAAUUGAGACAGAGUUUGAGAAUGAGCUGGAUUUUCUUGGAAAAAUUCAACAUCCCAAUGUUAUCUCUGUGCUUGGAUAUUGUAUUCAUGAAGAUACAAGGCUGCUCGUUUAUGAGCUAAUGCAAAAUGGUUCUCUGGAAACACAGUUACAUGGAUCUUCUAAUGGAUCAGCUUUGAGUUGGCACAUUCGUUUGAAAAUAGCUCUUGAUGCUGCAAGAGGAUUGGAACACCUUCAUGAGCACUGCAAUCCUUUUGUUAUUCACAGAGAUAUAAAAUCCUCCAAUAUACUUCUAGACUCAGACUUCAAUGCUAAGAUAUCAGAUUUUGGCCUUGCAAUAAAUGGUGGGAACCACAACAAAGAUGACCAAAAUCCUUCAGGAACGGUUGGUUAUGUUGCACCAGAGUAUCUUCUAGAUGGCCAAUUAACUGAGAAGAGUGAUGUAUAUGCUUUUGGAGUGGUUCUUCUUGAACUGCUGCUUGGAAGGAAACCUGUGGAAAAGAUUGGAGAUUCUCAUUGUCAAUCUAUUGUGUCAUGGGCCAUGCCUCAGAUAACUGAUAGAACAAAGCUGCCAGAUAUAAUUGAUCCAGUUAUCCGAAACACCAUGGAUUUGAGACAUCUGUUCCAAGUUGCCGCCGUAGCUGUUCUCUGUGUCCAGCCAGAGCCGAGCUACAGACCUCUGAUCGCAGAUGUUCUUCACUCGCUCGUUCCUCUAGUUCCUGUGGAGCUUGGAGGAACUUUGAGGAUAGUAGAUGAACCCCAUCAGACUGGUUAGAGAAGUGGAGCCUUCUCUGAACAAUCAUGCUAUUUCAGAUGACAGAUGAAAUUCCUCUCUAUCGAAGAGUCAAGUUCUCACCUCAAACAAGGUGGGCACAACCGUACAAUGAAGAGCACGCCUGAUCUAUUCCAGAUGGAACUUCUCCUUUAAUGGCCAUUGUUGAACUCCAAAUGCAGAUUUGCUAUGCAGGCUUGUCAUGUUACUGCGAACAAUUUCUGGGGCCUCUCAGAGAGUACGGAAGUAGUUUAACUUUAUAUAUGAUGUUUAGCGUCCAUGGGGUCAUGACAUUAGAAUGCCCCCACAUAUUAGGUAAUUUCAUGUAAAUUAUACUACCAGUAGAUUUUGUGUAAAUUCAUGAUCUUAUGUUGCAAAAUACAUCCAUGAUUCCCUCUAUUGCAUUUUGAAAAUUAUCCA